AUGCAAUCACCUUCAAUGAAAAAAAAACUGAUUGUUGGGGUUGAUUUUGGAACGGAGAAAACCUGUAAGACCCUCUUCAAAAUCACAUAUGAUGAAUAUGCCUCUUUUAACGAAUCACACAUCGAAUAUAGCAGAAAGGAUCCGGUCUUCAAGUGGCUCAAAUUAUUCCUCUACGACCCGGAGCACCCCAUCCUACGCGAGACCCCAAAUCCAGCAUUGCCAGACGGUGUUUCAUCCGAGCAGCUUGUUUCCGACUAUCUUCGUCAACUCUAUACAGAGAUACAGAAUCUGAUUGUCUCUCCACCUAGCUGGUCUGCCGACAACCAGAGGGUUUUUGCCAAAGCAGUGCGAGACGCAGGCUUCGGGUCCAAAGAAGCUGACAACCUUUUUUUCCUUACCGAAGCAGAAGCUGCUGCUCUAUAUUCCAUACAUCAGAGGGGAUCUGAAGCGAAGGAAGAUGACCGUAUUCUAGUAUGCGACGUCGGUGGAGGAACCACCGAUGUCGGUGCUUUUCAUAUUCAGGGGACCGGGUCAAAUACCGUGUACGAACCACUGGGAAGAUCGUCAGGGAUUAAUUCCGGCGUCGCAGCAUUGGAUGCUGCGAUCCGUCAACACAUGAAGGAGCUGCCCCCACACAUCUUUGGGCUCGUUAGGCCGCUGAACGAGGCCCUCCUGGAUAGAAUAUGUGACCCCAAGUACCGAUUCCAUGGCACUGAGGAGGAUCCCAUCCCGACUGAUGAGACCGGCGUAACCACCGUUCCCCCAGAUGUGCUGAAGAAUUCCCUGAACUCCACGGUGGUCGCUAUUAUCAACCUGAUAACGGCCAACAUCGUUCCACCGCGCCCACUAGAGCCACCAGUCCCGGCUGUCUUCCUCACGGGUGGUGGGAGUCGGGUACCGUCUGAAUCAGUGUCCUGGGGAGCGACUUAUCGAGGGAUCCUCGGCAGGGCGAUCUCCCGCCUGUAUUUUGACGCAAGCUACGGUCUGCAAGCUGCGGAGGGGGCUAUCAUCCUUGAAAGUCAGCACCAGAAUGAGCUUUUUUUCGACAUUCAUUAUCGUGCUGGAAAUGCGCCCAUAACCAUCAUAAAUCUCCUUCGACAUAGAGCCGAGUUCCCUGAUGCUAAUAAUGGUGAAUCCGAACGGAUGCCACCACUCAGUUUCCACCUGCAGAAGUUGAACCUCUCUUGCCUGAUGCGCGUAGGUAAUGAGUACAGCGUGAAAGUGCAGAUCACAUGGGAAGUCAGAUACUCGGAGAGACAGGCCAUUGUUAGAUUCACGGCCCGGUCGCAGAACGCACUACUUGGUAAGCAGGAAGUACUUCUGGAUGGAUGCCGUUUGGUAGAGUGA